GCAUGGAGAGAUGCAUGGGCUGGGAAGUGUACAAGCAUGUGCAGUGUGCAGAGAUAAUAGAGGCAGACUAUGAAGUCAGACAUAGUGGGGGCAGACAGAUUAAGGGGUGUAGAUAAUGGGUGGAUGAUGGAAUGGAAGGGAGGGAGGUGUUGCUGCGCUCUUCUGCACACACACUCAAUGCUGUUGCUAUGGGAAGAAGACAUUACGACGCACCUGAAGAUACUACAUUUCCAGUGGUGGGAGAGGGAGGGUGGUGAGGGGGCGAAGUAAAAAGAGGCAGUGGAGGGAGGUAGAGGCCUGUGUGGGUACAAGAGGGCAAGGAUAGGGCAGUCCAGAAAUCUUUUGAAAAUGCCAUGUCGCUGUGGCUGAUUUCAACAUCAGCUAUCCUGCUGGGCAGAGGGAGACGGGGAGGAGAGCGCAUGGUUUUAGGUGCAGAGCAGAAAAAGAAGAGAAGAGCAGAGACUGUGGCUCAGGUAGCAGAGGGGGGAAGUACGGACUGAGGGCAUUGGACAAGGAUAACUGGAUAGGGGUAAAACCAUGUUUUUUAUGCCCAGGAUAUAAGACACCUUCCCUUUGCUGCCCAGCAACCAGUCCCUGGGCAUUGCCAUUCCUUUUUUUCUUUUUACUUUUCUUUGCUAUAACUUUGUUUUCUCUUUCCUCCCUCCUUGUAUUUGCAUGCAUUAUCUUGCAUCCAUUUAUUCUAGAUUAUUUUCCUUUUGUGUAAUUCAGUGAAACUGCCCCAAGAACCAGGUCUUCAUUGUUAUCAAUGUAUUUUUGUUCUGAUACUUUUGUUUAUAUGUCUGGUUACCCUUACUCACUUUUCCUAGAUGUCUUGACCUGAACACUGUCACCAUAAUUACCCAGAAGCCUUUUCAUACAAUGGCAGGGAACAAACUAUGUCACAAACCUGAUCUCUUUACAGUUGGUGUGGUCUUAGUAAUUACCGUCCUGUGCAUUAUUGGGAUUACAUUUAUAAUCAUUGGUGCCUCCUACCUAGAUGACUGCGCUUUGGAAAGACACAUUCCUAUCUAUGUGCUGGUGCAAGGAAUUCACUUUUUGCUACUUGCAGCUGCAAUUGCAAUCUUCUUUACAAGUGACCACUUUGUCUUGCUCUUCUUAUUUCUCUGCAUUCUGGGCACCUUCUGGUUCUGUUGGCUCAUUAUGGGCAGCAUCUGGGUUUUCCAGCACCACAUAAACUACCAUGGAAAGUGUCAAGAUGUCCUCUUCCUCUUCGCUUUCUGGAUGCUCAUUGUGCAGUACAUAGGACUCAGCAUUGCUUUCCUGGCCUCAGUGAUCUAUUGUUGCUUUCUCUGUAUCAUGCUCUGGGCUUGUGUAGCUGUCAAUGGAUAAAGAAGCCAAAAAACUAUUCUUCUUGACCAAACCAACCUCUGUUGGGAUCUAAAUGCCGUAUUUCUAAUUAAAACACAGAGAGAAUUCUGCAAAUAUUGACAAAGGAAUCACAAAGCAGGUUUAUUAAAGAUAAAGGGGAAAUCAUUAUUAGGAUGUUACUGAAGGGCUCAACAUUUCAAUGCAAUGCAGAAAUCCCUAUUACCAACCUCUGAAUGGAUUCAGAUUUACAUACAGUAUAGCGGCGAGCAAAAGAUGCCAGAAAAUGGAUAAACAUGGAAAACCACUCAAAACGCCACUACAUAGUUAAAAUAAUCGGGAAACCACUCCUUAUAAAUAUACUGAAAAGGGAAAUGAUUCUGCCACUGAAGAUGGGAGUUGUAAGGACUGUGAUUUAUUCAGCACUGUGUUUGAAUUCAUCUGAUCUCAGCACUUUAAGAAAAAUCUGCAUGCUGCUUUUUUUUGUUAUUAUGGUGAAUUAAAACAACUGCUUCGUAUGAACA